AUGUUGCCAGUGACAAAAUCAGCCAUUGGAAUCGUACAAUAUCCAUGCAAACUUGGUCAACGUAAAGAUGGUGUUGAUCAGACACCAGAUUGUUUGUUGGAAAGUAUAUCUGCCAUAGCUCAGAAAGAAUCAAAAAGCGUGCGCAUCUAUGAUUCUCCCAAGAUUCGCAACUUAAACAAAAUGCAAGACGAUUCCCAUAAAGAGAAACAUGUUUUUGAAGUUAAUUUAGCUCUUCGAGAAUUGGUUCUUCAAUCGCUGCGUGAGAAUGACAAGACACUGAAUAUUGGUGGCGAUCAUUCUAUGGGUCUUGGUACUGUAUCUGCCUUUCUGACGGCUUAUCCAAAGGAUUCUCUAGUAAUCUGGAUUGAUGCACAUGCUGAUUUGAAUACGAGAGCUUCGUCACCAUCGGGAAAUUUUCAUGGGAUGCCAUUAUCUUUCAUUUUAGGAAUAGAUAAAGAUAAUGCUUUUCCUAUGACCGUUCAUCUCAAUCACCAGCAUUUGGCUUACAUUGGUAUUCGAGAUCUCGAUCCAUUCGAAAUAGAAACAAUUGCAAAACUGAAUAUUUGCACAGUUACGCCGGCACAACUGGCAACAGAUAGUGAAUUCCACGUACGGGAGUUCGUAAAGAACUUUAUCGGAGAAGGAAAGACAGUUCAUAUCUCAUGGGACGUAGACUCCACAGAUCCUAGCACCGAAAUCACUAGCACUGGGACUACAGCUGAUGGUGGAAUUAAAUGUUCACAUGUCAAAGAAUUGAUUAAAGCAGUAACUGAAUACAACAAACUUGUUUCACUCGAUGUGACUGAACUUAAUUUGAGUUUGGGUGCUAAUGAGGAAGAGCGUCGGCGUUCACUCGACCAUACACUUGAUGUUAUCAAAUUCUUUAUUGAUUGGUGA